AUGUUUCCACACAAUUCUAGUUCACAUGAGAUUUCUACUAAAACAAAUGCCUUCGUACAAAAUUCCAAGGGGGAUGUAGUAGUAUUAGAGGAAAGCAGUCUGAGUGGGGCGCGGGAAGGGGAACGACCAGAGCAUGCUAGGUACUGUGAUAUCAAAUUCAUAAACAGCAGCAUGAUGGCAGCACCUACCAGCCACCCCAAAGCUACCGUCGCCAAUGACUUCAUAACCGUCCUGCCACGCCAAUCUGGUGAGCUCAGCUUUGCCGUUGGAGGUGAGGCCUGCCAGUCAGUGGCUACAGAAACCACAAAAAAUCCAACAAAUAACCUUCUAACCUACGAUAAUAAUAAUAUUAAUAUUAAUAAUAAUAAUAAUAAUAAUAAUAACGAUAAUAUUAAUAAUAAUAUUAAUAAUCACAACAAUGCAGAACAUAAUCAUCACAAGUACAGAAAGCAAAACACACCGGGCUCGCUUGGUCAGCUAGGCAGCUCCGCUGAUCAGUCUAAUUUUACGUGCGAUAAGUAUUCCCUAGUUACCAUUACUAAUAACGGGGAGGCCGUUAAGUAUGAGCAGCUAAGUCUGUCAAGCAUCCAAUUUGCUUUAAACAGCAUCAACAAAAACUACAACAACCUCAAGACCGUCAACGAUGAUGAUAAAAAUAAAAACGAAGAUUAUAAAGAUGUGCAUUUUGACUGGAUUGCUUCCUGGACACGUGCUCAGAAUAAAACGGCGCCACAAAACGCCAGUUCUUCCAUUACGCUUAUCGUUUCCAAAAACGAAAUCACCGACCACACUAUUUUGCAAUUUUUCCUGGAUAAUCUCAUUAUUAAAUUACGAGCAAUUAUUAAUAAUAAUACUACUACUACUACUACUACUACUACUACUACCACCACCACCGACACCAUCACUGCUGCAACUCCUACUGCAACUAUGAUUUUUAACAAAUUGUUUUGGCAAGUCACCGUAAAUAAGCUGAUGCAACGCAUAUGUGUUCCAUUAAUGAUUAAGAAUAGUAAGCGUUACGACAACAACGUUGGUAAUAAUUAUUAUUAUAAUUAUAAUUAUGAUUAUUAUUAUUAUUAUAAUAUUGAUGACAGUAGCUGUAAUAAUGGGAAAAAAGAGAUAAAUAUUACUAACAAUAAUCCAGAUGUUAUCCAAGACAUUGUUAACGUCGCUGUGUGCUACAAGACUAGCUGUGUAAUGACUACUAAUAUUAGUAUGUUAGGGUCUCAAAAUGAUGGUAUUAAUUGUACCGAAGCAACAAUAUUUACUGUUGGUGCUCUUUCAUUUCAGGAUAAUUAUAAGUCUAAUAACAAGCCUCUAAAUGAUAGUUUUAAGGAUAAUAAGUAUCAAGUGUCUGCUAAGGUUGGUCAUGAAUCUAACUAUAUUGUUAAGUCUGUAUCUAAGUCUACGCCGAGCGAUAAGUCUAGUGAUAAGUCUGAUACGUCUCAUCAAGCUCGAUUUGACAAACCUGACUAUGACGACGAUGAUUAUAACUACGUAAAGUAUAAAUGUGUUAGAUCGGACGUCAACAUUCCUACAUUGACUACCUGCGAGCCUACGAUGACGCUUAAUAAUAAUAACCAAUCAUCAACCGUCACAUCCAAAAUAAACAGCGUACCUGUUUCUCGAGAAACCAUAAUCGAGAAUUACUCGAACGAUGAUGAUGAUGCUGAUGAUUAUUAUAAUGUUAAUAAUGAUAACAAUAAUACCCUCGGUGUUGAUGUUAAUCCAACACCAUUAACCACCGAUCAACACUCUCAGCUGUCGUGUUCUACCGACUACUCCAAUACUACUACUACUACUAUCACUUCAACUACUACUGAUAUUUAUCAAAACAACAAUUACAAUGAUGAGAAUGCAGAGUUUUAUACUCGCAACUGGGCAAGACUGAUCGCAUAUGUUCGAGCUCUCAUUCCUGCUUACUUAGAGGCGUACAAAAACAACGAGAGCAAAUGCGAAAGCCAACGUAAUCAGCUCAAACAAGCUCUGCAUUGUCUCUACGGAGAAUCCUGUGCUGUUUCUUCGUAUCAAGAUACUCAAUACGACCCAGUUAUGGACUACAAGCGGAGAUGGGGCAUAUCACCGAUCCUGUUGCUCGCUGGUGGAGGCGAGAGCUCACUCAACAGUGGUACCGGCACCAACUGGGGAUCUACACCCGCUACAACCCCCAAUAACAACAACGCUAAUCAAACUGGAUGGGGAAGUACACCUGGAAACGCACCGCCGUCUUCAGCAUCCUGGGGUAAUAACAACGUUAAUCGUGCUGUCACCGGUAAUUCCAAUCAAAAUCAAAACCAAGGUCCACCUGUUAACCAAAACAACUCCGGUAACGCCAACAAAGUUAGCAAUCCGAAUCAAACAGCUAACUCGCAGACAGGACCUCCGGCAUCCCAGCCAUCUAAUACAACUCCAGGUAACCAAAACAGUGGUCCUUGGCCUCAGGGAAAACCCACUAAUCCAGUGGGUCCAGGUCCAAAUCAGCCUGCGCCGAACAACAACGGAAAUAAUGUAGUAACACCACAGUCUACAAAUGCCAAUGCUAAUAAUAAUCAAGUCAAUAACACAACUCCAGGUACUGUUGCUACAACAGUCGCGUCUCCCACCAGUAAUUCUUCAACAAAACAGCAGCUCGAACAACUUAACACCAUGAGAGAAGCGCUUUUCAGUCAAGACGGCUGGGGCUGUCAACACGUUAACCAAGACAUUAAUUGGGACGUUCCAACUUCUCCAGAACCCGCCAUAUCUAAAGACGGCGUCCCAAUGUGGAAGCCUCCUGUCAACAAUGGAACCGAUUUGUGGGACGCUAAUCUUCGUAACGGUGGUCAACCACAACCGACUCAACAAGCUAAAACUCCCUGGGGACACACUCCAUCGACAAACAUAGGUGGAACUUGGGGUGAGGACGAUGAAUCUGCAGACUCGUCAAACAUGUGGACUGGAGCUCCAACUCCCAGUCAACCAAACACUGCCCAGUGGCCUGGCACUAGCAGCAAUCAAACAGGAUCAAGUUGGGGAGAUCCACGAAUUGAUCCCCGUGAUCCUCGCGAUAUUCGUUCAGUAGAUCCGCGUGAGAUGCGCGAUCCUCGCGACCAUCGUAUGUCCAUCGACCCUCGCGACCACAUUCGCGUGCUAGAUCCCAUGACUCGCGAUCCACGAAUGACUGACAUGCGUGGAGAUCCUCGCGGUAUAUCAGGACGUCUCAAUGGAGCCAGCGCUGACGCAAUGUGGGGCCAGCCUCCCGGACCGCCACAUCACCAGAUGAGUCACCAACACCCAACAGGUCCUCCUGCUAAAAUGAUCAAUCCGUCUAGCAUGAACCAAUGGGCUGCUCCGCCGCCAAAAGAAAUGAUGCCUGGCAAACCAUCCGGCUGGGAAGAACCUUCACCACCAAGCCAGCGGAGAAAUGUUCCCAAUUAUGACGAUGGUACCAGCUUGUGGGGUAAUCCGGUAUCAAACCAACGACCGAUGCCCAACAGCAAGGUUUCUCACUGGAAAGACAUACCUUCCAGUAAUUUAGGACGUGGAGGAAUGCAAUGUCCACCUGGAAUGCCACAAAACCGAAUGCCAGGACAGCCUGGUAUGAAACCUGACGUCGGAGGACCCAUGUGGGGACAUCCUGGCGGCCCAAGCGGUCGCAAUGGCUCCUGGGGCGAUGGCCCUCAUGAUACAUCUAAUUGGGACGAUCCUAAAACACCUGCGUGGAAUGAACCACCAAUUAAUCAACCCAACUGGGGCGGACCUUCUGCUCACAAACCAAAGUCUAUGGGACCCAGUGGUACCUGGGGAGAAAGUGACAUGGAGCCAACGCCAAAUUGGGGCCAUCCUACUAAGCCAACGCUUACCAAAGAAAUUAUUUGGAGCAGCCGAGAAUUCCGUUAUCUCUGCGACAUGGGCUUUAAGAAAGAAGAUGUUGAAAUAGCUUUGAGAAGCCGUGAUAUGAACAAAGACGAAGCUCAAGAUAUGUUGAGUCAGAUUCGGUCUACAGAGCAGUGGCGUCGACACGAAGCCCCGUCAGGCUACGAUUCCUCUAACCAAGCUAGCAUGUCUUCAGUGUAUCCCAAAUUCAACCACGUCGCGCAACAAAUGUCCUUCCAACCGGGGGCUGGAGUGCCGAGCGGUGCGGCAACCGGCAGCGUAAGUGGUUCGGUGGCCAGUGCAAGCCUAUUGAAGCUCCAACAGCAACAACAGCAGCAAUCGGCAGUUCCACUGCAACAGCAGCCAAACGUCAAUCCGCAGCAACCGCCUUUUAACCAGGCAUCGAGAAUACCUCAGAAUCCGCCAAGUACACAGCAACUACGUAUGUUAGUUCAGCAAAUCCAACUUGCCGUCCAAGAGGGUUAUCUUAAUCAACAGAUCUUGAACCAACCGCUAGCACCGUCUACAUUGAUACUUCUAAAUCAGCUGUUGCAACAAAUAAAAGUACUUCAGCAGCUUCAUCAGAAACACUCAGUUGAAAGCUCACUCAAAGGCAACAGUCAGAUGGUUUUGCAAAUAAGCGUCCAGAUUACCAAAACAAAACAGCAAAUUGCCAAUCUUCAAAAUCAAAUAGCUGUGCAACAAGCAACUUACAUGAAGCAACAACAGCAACAACAACAACAGCAGCAUCAAACUGCUCCGUCUCAGUCAUCAGAUUACUACAAAACGCCAGUUCAUGAUGCGAUGUCUGUGCUUCAGAACAGCUUUGGAGAUUUGACUAUGAAUAAAGAGCCACCAGUGAGUCAACAGCAGUCACGAUUGAAUCAAUGGAAGCUUCCAUCUCUCGAUAAAGACGAUAUAACUGGAAAUGAAUUUUCUCGUGCACCUGGCUCAUCAAGUAAACCACCACCGACACCUGGUAGCUUGAGUCAUUCCCACAGUAGUCCAAAUAUGAAUCCACUGUUGGGCCAAAGCGAUGGAACCUGGUCAACCAGAUUGGGAGACAGUGGCUGGCCGGAUGCCGGAAACAAUGAUGCAACAGAUGGAAAAGAUUGGCAACCGGGCGGUGCUGCAUUUGCUGAUCUUGUUCCCGAAUUUGAGCCUGGCAAGCCAUGGAAGGGGACACAGAUGAAGAAUAUUGAAGAUGAUCCUACAAUUACUCCAGGCUCAGUAGGACGAUCUUUAUCUCUAGCUCCACUCAAAGAUCCAGACACAAUUUUCUCAACUAGCACAAAGACUUCACCACCACCUCAGCUACAAAAUGUUGAUACUUCCAUUCCUAGUCUCAGUAAUUCCACGUGGAGUUUCAAUCCUCCUGCUACUACACCAAGUGCAUUCUCUAGCUCUAAAAAUACUUGGACAGACUCCGCGCCACCACCAACAGCAGUUACCUCAGAGCUUUGGGGUGCUCCAAUGAACAAAGCCCGUCAGGGACCACCACCUGGAUUAAGUAGCAAAGGUACUACCAGCAAUGCCAGCAAUGGUUGGGCUGGACUCGGUGGAGUUAGCAGAUCAUCCAGUUCCUGGGGAAUUCACUCAUCUGGCGGAGGCAUUAACAGUGCCAAUGCUGCUGGUUGGCUUAUGUCCGGCACAUGGCUUUUAUUGAAAAAUUUAACUCCACAAAUAGACGGCUCCACUCUAAAGACUCUCUGUAUGCAACAUGGACCUGUCCAAGAUUUUCGCUUGUACCUGAAUCAUGGAAUUGCUCUCACUAAAUACUCGACUCGAGAUGAGGCUAGAAAAGCUCAAGGAGCUUUAGAUAAUUGUGUUCUUGGUAAUACGACAAUAUUCGCGGAAUCUCCAGCUGACAACGAGGUUCAUACACUUUUGCAGCAAUUGAGUCAUGGUGGUCAACAACAAACAGGCGCAUCAAGCGGGACCGGUUGGGGCUUGAGACCAUCCAACAAAGCUGGUCCACCACCAGACACAUGGGGUGGCAGCUCGAGCCAACUCUGGGGUGCCCCACCCACCAGCAACUCACUUUGGAGCAGCUCUGGACUUGACAGUGGUGAUGCUCAAAGAACUACUCCAAGUUCACUUAACUCGUAUUUACCCGGAGACUUAUUAGGAGGCUGGCCGGGCAACGACACAACGAUACCAAAUGUUAUCGCAAUAACGUAA